GAUUCUUUCUACAUAUAUAUGGGUUCUCAAGCAUGAACUUAAACCAUGUGUAUAAGGUUGUGGAAAUUGCAUUAUGGUAUGAUCUGUUGGAGGAUAUACUGCACAAUUUGGAUUGUUGGGUUUUCAACUUUUCCACUUUGGUUCGGCUUUUGGACGUGGAGCGGCUGCCAGUCAUAUGUCAUAAACAGGAACAAUUGAAACUAAUUUUCUUGUUUAUUUAAGAGCCAUUUUUCCUACUCUCCAACUUCAGAAAACGAAACCUUUCGUGGGCUUACAGUUGGUAUUAUAUGUAAUUUUUAGGUCUGUUGAGGGAAACAUGGGCCCCUCUCUCUCUCUCUCUAUAUAUAUAUAUAUAGAGAGAGAGAGUUUACCAUUAGUAAUUUUUUAUAUUAAGCCUUGACGGAGUUUGAACUUGUAGACUCAUGGUUUUAAUAUUUUAAUAUAUCAAAAUAUUUAAUGAAAUAUAACAGAAUUUAAACUUAAAACUUGUUACAUGGUAAUUUUAAAAUUUUUGGUGUCUGGGUUGCCCUAAAAGACUUGAUUAUUCCUUUCUAAACUGUUUUCUCCAACAAUUACUGGGGUUUAGUGAUUGAUGUUGCAAGCUUGCAACUGCUUUUAAUUGUUCAACUAUUCUUUCCUGAAUAUGAACAUUCAGGAGAAAAAGGUUCCCCCAAUAACAAAACGUAUCGUAUGGAGAUUAUUCAUUUGAAAGACCUGCAAAUUUGCACCACGGGAAAUAGUUGCUUCCAGAAUAAAAUUCCAAUUUUUCAUUUAUGCGUUCAUUAUAGGCUAAUUAGCAUCUCGUGUUUCUUUCGGUCCUUCCCCUUUUGUAAUGCUUAAAAACGAAAGGUAGUCAAUGUCCCGACUGCAUAUGCAGGAAGAGCUGCAGAAAAUAUCAGUCAUGGAACGGUUAAAUACGCAUAAAGUGCUGGACACAAUAGACAUCCAUCAGAAAGCACUAGACGACCUUGUCAACGUGAACUCGCUCUUCACAAUAGCCGUGUUUGUUGGCUUAUCCUUAGCUCAUCCGGGCGAGCACAGCCUGGAGGACCGUGCCGAGUGCGACCCAGACAGGAGGCUAGCCAAACGGCUUGUAGUGAGCGAGGUGCUGUCAUUUGCUUUCUUCCUGCUAUCCAGCCUUGUAGCCAAGACUCUUAAGGUUCAUCUCAACAUAUACAGGGAAAAAGAUUUCAGGAAAAUAAAAUUCAAGAUUAUCAGAGGAGGGAUGCUGUUGAUGUCAGCCUGGGGGUCGAUUCUUGGUUGCGUUUUCUUGACAGCGUCGAUGGUGGAUGUAAUACAAAUUCGAGUAGGGAAGAUUUCGUGUGGGAGUGUGUAUGCGUUCAGGGCAGCAGGAUCGCUGAUCGCCAUUGUUCUGCUUGCUUUGGGCAUCUACGUGCCUUUUAUGAUGCAUGCUAUUUAUGUCUCCAUGAAAAAUAUUGAGUAAUGCCCAUAUCUAGAAUUUAGGCUUACACUCCUGAAUCUCGAAGCAUGAUUCAGGACAUAUAAUAUAUUUAUAGUGUAGAAUUAUCGGCUGGAUUGCUGGGCUGGAAUAAGCCAAGAGGGUUGUGAUAUAAGCUUUAGUUUGUUUUUGUUGUACGUGCACGUGUAUAGCAUGUGCUGAACCUGGGUAUAAAUACCCUGUAAUCUCUGUUUCGAUAUAUAUGGUAGUUACCAUUUUUCUCAGGUUCACUAAGCUUGAUUUGUUCA